GAAAGGGCCACAUGAAGACGCUAACCGGGACCAUGCAGACUUCCAGGCUGCUCAGCGGGGCACUGCUCUGCGCACUGCUGCUGCUCUCCAGCGUUGCUGGAGCCGAAGUGUUGGACACAGAGUCCGAAGAGGAGCUGAGCCCCAGAGCACUGCGGGACUUCUACCCAAAAGGUCCGAACCUAACCAGUGAGAAGCAGCUGCUUGGAGCUCUCCAAGAAGUUCUUGAAAAGCUGCAAGCUAAACGGCUGCCUUUAUGGGAAAAAUUUGGCCAAGUCCCAACGUGUGAUGUCGGGGAGCAGUGCGCCGUGAGGAAAGGCGCACGGAUCGGCAAGAUGUGCGACUGUCCCCGGGGAGCUUUCUGCAACUUUUUCCUGCUGAAGUGCUUAUGAGUCUCGCCGGAUCUGAAUGUAGCUUUGAGAUGGGGAGAAAAAAAACUGUCACACGAUUCCUUUGUAAUUACUGUCAUAUUUUUUAUGAUACAGCUGAGGAGCAGGUGCGGUGAUUGCCUAACCCUUACGAAAAAGAACUAUCGUAGUUCUAUGAUAAGUAUAUAUAUUUAAAAGUA